AUCAGUUUAGUUUCGACCAUCAAAACGUCUAGAACGGAAAGCAAAGAUGUCCAAGGCAAAGGUAUUGCCACAAUACAUAGCGGGUUUGUCCGCGGCUUUUGGUGCCUUCUGCAUGGGCGCCAGCAUGGGUUGGUCAGCGCCUGUGGAGCAGAUGCUGACGAAGGAAGAAGCCUAUGGCUUUCCGAUAUCCGAUGAUGAGUUCGGCUGGAUCUCAUCCCUGUUGACGUUGGGUGCCACCUGUGUGUGCAUUCCGGCGGGUUUCGUCAUCGAUUGGAUUGGCCGCAAGCCGACAAUGUUGGCAUUGAUUCCGCCUUACAUGGUUGGCUGGAUUCUGAUGAUCUUUGCCAAUAAUGUGGCCAUGUUGUACUUUGGUCGUUUCAUUCUCGGUGUGUGCGGCGGAGCGUUCUGUGUCACCGCCUCCAUGUAUACCACGGAGAUUUCCACCCUUUCCACACGUGGCACACUCGGCAGCUUUUUCCAGUUGAACACGGUAUCGGGAUUGCUCUAUGGCUACAUAGUGGGCGGCUAUUUGCCGCUCUUAACUAUCAACAUACUGUGCGCCAUUUUGCCACUGAUCUUUGUUACCGUGCAUUUCUUUAUGCCGGAAUCGCCCGUCUAUUUGGCCAUGAAGAAUCGUCCCGAAGAUGCGACCAAAUCGUUGAAAUGGCUACGUGGCCAGGACUUUGAUGUCAGUGAUGAGCUAAAGGAGAUCAUGGAGGAGACCAACAAGCAAGACGAUAAGCCCAAGGAAAGCGUUUGGAAAGCUCUGCGUCGCCCAUUGACGCUCAAGGGAAUUGGAAUUGCUGUUAUCCUGCAGGCACUGCAGCAAUGGACGGGCAUCAAUGCCAUUAUGUUCUAUUCGACAUCGAUCUUCGAGGAUGUUGGCUCCGGUCUCUCUGGAACCAUUUGCACCAUUCUCAUUGGCGCCACGCAAGUGGUAAUGACAUUGAUUGCCACGAUGAUCAUCGACAAGGCUGGACGUCGCAUUCUCUUGCUCAUCUCAUCCGUAUUCAUGGCCAUUACCACCUGCCUGAUGGGCGUCUAUUUCAUCAUGCAGGAAAGCGAUCCAAGCUCUGUGGAGUCUCUUGGCUGGCUGCCCAUCACCAGCAUUCUGCUCUUCAUCGUCUUCUUCUCCAUUGGCUUUGGUCCCGUUCCCUGGCUUCUUAUGGCCGAGCUCUUCACCGAUGAUGUGAAGAGUGUCGCUGGCUCCAUUGCGGGCACCAGCAAUUGGUUCUCCGCCUUCUUGGUCACCAAAUUGUUUCCACUGCUGAAGAACGCAAUUGGCUCGGCGCCCACAUUCUGGAUCUUCACGGUCAUCGCCAUCAUUGCCAUCUUCUACUGUAUGUUCUUUGUACCCGAGACAAAGGGCAAAACCCUUAUUGAGAUUCAACACAUCCUUGCCGGUGGCAAGUUGCCUCCCAAGAAUGAGACAGAGACGGAGACGGAAGCAGAAAAGCAUUAAAACUGUACUUGUAUAUAUGUUAUUACAUACUUCUAGGUAUAGUUUAUAGCUUUAGUCCAUAUUGAUUAGAAUAAAACAUUAUUAUUCCAUACCAAA